AUGAAGAUGAAGAGUCUGAAGACAACGAGUCUUCUGGAAGCGAAUACCAUGAAGACGACAACAAGAAGGGAAAGGGCAAGGCGAAGGUUGGAAUUCGCAACNAGAGCUCCUUCCGACCCCUUUGUUGCAAACGGUACAGAGGAUGCCACUUCAUCAGCAAAGUCUCUUCGCGCUAAGCCUCCUGCUGGCCAACCUAAGAAGAGUCCCAUGGAGGGCCAUGCCGCUUCGUACAAGCCCAUUGGACCAUCAUCGCCCAAGCGUCUUGGACAGGCCGCCAUGGGACCUCCAUCUGCAGUCCCUACAACCAACUCUACUGGACCUGCUCUACUGUGA